AUGCUGCUCUCCCCCGAGCAGUUCACCCGGCUUACCGAAUAUGCGGCAUACAGCUCCCAUCAGCUAAAGGACAUGCUCGUCGAGUUCGAGCAGGAAGGCAUCUUCUACAAAUACCUUUCGGACGACCUUCAGACGAUCGACUUCGAAGGGAUGCGCCACUUCCUUACCGUAUACUUUGGGGCCGAGCUGCCGGCCGAUCUUGUCGAGCAGUUGUUCCUCUCUUUCCUGGCGAAGCCUACCAAAAACCCGUCGAUGGAUCGUCGAUGCUCGGUUUUCGAAGACACCCUAAAUUCCGUGCGCUCGAACUUGUACACGUUGGGCGAAAAACUGGAGAAGUUGACGAGUAGUCAUGAUGAUAAAGCGUCUUUUGAGGGCCAGCGUAUCCCUUUGAAGCCUUUGGUCUGCUAUUUGCAAUUGCUCGAAGGUGCUUCCCCGGAAAAUAAGCUGGAAGUCGUCUUCCACGUCUAUGAUUCGGAUUGCAAUGGGUAUUUGGAUAAAGCGGAGACCGAGGCGAUCAUCGAGCAAAUGAUGAAUGUUGCGAAACAUCUGCAAUGGGAUACAAGCGAGCUGGAGCCGAUCCUUCGGCAAAUGAUGUCGGAAAUCGACUAUGACAAUGAUGGGAUUGUGUCGCUGGAUGAAUGGAAGCGCGGAGGGAUGACGACAAUUCCUCUGCUCGUACUUCUCGGCUUUGAUACGGAAAUGAAAGAAGACGGGUCACAUCUGUGGAAGUUGCGCCAUUUCUCCAAACCGACGUAUUGUCAUGUAUGCCGGCUAUUACUGGUUGGAUGGGGUGGAAAACAGGGUCUCUCAUGCUCAGUAUGCAAAUAUACUGUUCAUUCGCGUUGCGUGAGAAACGCGGAGACAUGCUGCAUUCGGACCUUUAGUAACCGCCAGACGGAUACCAUGCCUCAUCAUUGGAUUGAUGCGAACUCGGCAGAGAAAUGCGCAAAGUGCCGGGCAAAUGUUGGAGCGUUCCAGGGAAAACGAUGCCGAUGGUGCCAUAAUACGGUGCACACCAAAUGCCUUACCCAAUGGCCAGAAGUGUGCGACCUCGGUGUACUCAACCAUCACAUCCUCCCCCCAUCCCAUAUCUUCCCCGCAUUCCUCGAACGCAAAACCAUCAAACAACCACACAGCACCAAUCUCCUACAGGCCGUGUCGCCGGGAUCCCAUUGUCGACCCUUGCUCUGUCUCAUCAAUCCAAAAAGUGGUGGCAAGCAGGGGGUUAAGGUCCUCCGGAAGCUGGAGUUCAUGCUCAACCCCCGACAGGUCUACGACAUUUCCAAAACUGGCCCGGAGCCUGGUCUCCAACUGUUCUCCACGAUUCAAAGCUGUCAUGUAUUGGUAUGUGGAGGUGAUGGAACGAUUGGAUGGGUCCUGGAAGCUAUGGAUAAAAUUCAAUGGGAGCAUGGCCGACCGCCAGUUGCGGUACUUCCGCUUGGUACCGGAAAUGAUUUGGCUAGAUGCCUCCGUUGGGGAGGUGGCUACGAGAAUGAGAGCCUGCAGAAAAUUCUGCACAGCAUUGAAAAAGCACAGCCAAUGAUGAUGGACCGCUGGCAAAUCAAGAUUGAGCAGCGCAAGAAGACCGACAAGGGCGACCCACCACCAUACAACAUCAUCAACAAUUACUUCAGUAUUGGGGUGGAUGCAUCCAUUGCCCAUCGCUUCCACGUAAUGCGCGAAAAGUUCCCAGAAAAGUUCAACAGCCGUAUGCGCAACAAGCUAUGGUACUUUGAACUUGGAACCACAGAAACCUUGAGUGCUACAUGCAAGAAUUUACACGAGCAAAUUGAUAUUUUGUGCGAUGGUGAGACGCUGGAUCUUGGAAAUGGACCAACGCUUGAGGGGAUUGCUUUGUUGAAUAUUGCUAGUAUUUAUGGAGGGUCAAAUCUGUGGGGUCGUUCCCGGAAAAGCACGGGUCUUCGUGUGCCGUUGAUUUUCACGCCUGGAUCGAUUGGUGGUGGCUUGCAACAUCGAGUCCAGGAUAUUGGCGAUGGACUUAUUGAGGUGGUCGGCCUUGAAUCAGCCACCCAAAUCGGGCAGAUCAAAGCCGGUGUGCGAGCUGCGGCACGGCGUCUAUCCCAAUGCAGCACUGUGGUCAUACAAACCCAUAAGCCAUUCCCAAUGCAAAUUGAUGGGGAGCCAUGGAUGCAACCGCCAUGCAUCAUUCAAAUCACCCAUAUGAAUCAAGUCCCGAUGCUUGUCGCCAACAAUCGCAAAACGAAAACCUGGAAUCUUCUCCGCCGUCAACCAGCCAGUGAAGACAAU